CUAAUGAGGCCGGGCGGCGCGCGCCCAUUGGCUCGGCCCCGAGCCCGUGUCCCGCCUGACGUCACGGGCGCUAUAAAACUCCGCAAUGCUUUAAACUCUCCUGCCGGAUCAAACCUUUAAAUAUUUUUCAUCUUCUUGCUGUAGCUUUGAGGCCGAGUUGUUUUUUUUUCUCUCUCUCUUUUUUUUUUUUUUUAACUCUUAUUAUUAUUAUUAUUUCGGUUGCGAUACAGACUUUGAUUUUUUUUAUAUUUUUGCCUUCGCUCUCUUUCCCUCCUCCCUCCCCCGAUGAACCUCUCUCCUCGCUCUGCACUUUGCAGGAGAGAGCCCAGAGGAAAAGCACCAUGAAGUGUUAAAAAUAACAAAACAAAACAACAACAACAACAAAUUUACUCGCAACAACACCAGCUAACACUUCCAGCUGCGGCUCGCGAGCUGCGAAAGAGCGAGAGGAGAGAGAGAGAGAAGGGAGGGAGAGAGGAGGAAAAAAAAACCCUCUAUGCAAAAGGCGAAUAGCGAGAGCCCCGCGCUCUGAUGCAUCAGCGGAGCCUCUGCGAGGGAUAACGCGGAGCGGGAGAGGAGCCGCCGGGGCGGACCGGAUCGGAGGCAGAGCAGGAGAGCGGAGCGGAGCUCGCCAAAAAUCAAGCUGGCUCACCCGGUGGCGACUCAGAGCAGCCCCCUCGCUCCCGGAGCGCACCCUUUCUGGAGGACUCUCGGCAGCAAAAGGAUGGCAUCAGAGCUGGCGAUGAGCAGCUCCGACCUGCCCACCAGUCCCCUGGCCAUGGAAUAUGUUAAUGACUUCGAUCUGAUGAAGUUUGAAGUGAAAAAGGAGCCGGUGGAGACCGAUCGCAUUAUCAGCCAGUGCGGCCGCCUGAUCGCCGGGGGAUCGCUCUCCUCCACCCCGAUGAGCACGCCCUGCAGCUCCGUGCCCCCGUCCCCCAGCUUCUCGGCGCCCAGCCCCGGCUCCGGUUCCGACCAGAAGACCCACCUGGAAGACUACUACUGGAUGACGGGGUACCCGCAGCAGCUCAACCCGGAGGCGCUGGGCUUCAGCCCCGAGGACGCGGUGGAGGCGCUGAUCAACAGCAGCCACCACCCGCUGCCCGGCGCCUUCGAUGGCUAUGCUAGAGGGCAGCAGCUGGCCGCGGCCGCCGGCGGCUCCGUGCCGGCCGAGGAGAUGGGCUCGGCGGCCGCCGUGGUGUCGGCGGUGAUCGCCGCGGCGGCGGCGCAGGGCGGCGCGCCCCACUACCACCACCACCACCACCACCCGCACCACGGCGGCGGCGGCGGCGGCGGCGGCGGCGGGCACCCCCACGCCGCGGCGCCGGGCAGCGCGCCGCCCUCCUCCGCCUCCUCGGCCGCCGGCUCCGGCUCCGGCGGCGGCGGCGGCGGCGGCGGUGGCGGCGCCGGGGGGCUGCACCACCCGCACCACGGCGGCGGCGGCGGCGGCGGCGGCGGCGGCCUCCACUUCGACGACCGCUUCUCCGACGAGCAGCUGGUGACCAUGUCGGUGCGGGAGCUGAACCGGCAGCUGCGGGGCGUCAGCAAGGAAGAGGUGAUCCGGCUGAAGCAGAAGAGGAGGACCCUCAAAAACAGGGGCUAUGCCCAGUCCUGCCGCUUCAAGAGGGUCCAGCAGCGGCACGUCCUGGAGUCGGAGAAGAACCAGCUGCUGCAGCAAGUGGAGCACCUAAAGCAGGAGAUCUCCAGGCUGGUCCGGGAGAGGGACGCCUACAAGGAAAAGUACGAGAAGCUGGUCAGCAAUGGCUUCAGAGAAAACGGAUCCAGCAGCGACAACCCUUCCUCUCCAGAGUUUUUCAUGUACCCGAGAGAAUCAUCUACAACGGUGAUGUGAAAAUCCCUGUUACCUGAGGUCAAAAAUAAAAGUCUCCCAGAAGACCUGGAGUGGUGAUGGCUGGAUGCAGAGGAGAUCACACUGCUUAUAGAUCUGCACCAUGAGGAGGCCAAAAGUUCUGCAGCAGCAGGAGGUAAGCCAGGACUGCUGAUGGGUGUAAGGAGCAGAGAGCAAAGCCACGUGAGUUUGAGAAGAAGGCAGCAGCACCCCUGAGUAUGGAGACUUUGGGGCAGUGUCAUGGUCCUGUACAGGAAACUUGAAGAGACACUGAAAACUUCAGGUGGGAACACACCACCCAACCAGCUGCUUGCGUGGUUUGGUCCAUGGACCUUUGGGGUCUGCCCACCAGAGACUGAAAACUCUUCAAUUACCCUGAAUUUCCUCUUUAUGGACUUCUGAUGUGAUAGGAAUGGCCCAAAAAAAUCCAAUAUAUCUUCUUCACCAUAGUGUUUCCAGCCUGCUAACUUUCCCAGGACUACUUUCUGCUCAAAUUACUGGAACUUAAUUACAUGAGGUUUAAUUUCAGUUGCUUGGCCAGCUUUAAAAACAUAUAUUCAAAUUUGAACCACAAGGACAGAAUUUUGGGAGCCUCUUUGUCCUCUCACUUUGUGUUAAUUUAAAUGAGGAAACUGUGCCUGUGAAUCUCUGCCUUGCUUCACCUAUUCCUAGUCGGUCUCAGCUCUGGAGAGACAUCCCUGACUCCCAGCAGUUUAAGGGAGAGCACAAACAACCCCUUAUGUUAUAGUUUAUGUUUUUGACACUGUGCAAACAGUAGAUUUUUGUCUCCUGCUUAUGCAUUUUCUUGUAAAUAAAAUGUAUUGGGACCAGAGAUGGAGUUACACUGACUUUACACCCGAUAAUGUAUUGACAUUUUACAAGAAAAUGUUGUAUUAUCCAUUCAUUUCACAAGUAGAUCUUACAAUGUUUAAUUACAAUACAAAAAAAGAAGUGGAAGGAGAAUCAAGGGAGGGACAUGAAGACAGAAUGCAAAAGGACAUGGAUGAGAAGUGGUGGAGGAUAACAGUACCUAUCAAGGCAUUAUCUGAGAAUUCCUAUGAUUAGGACUUAUCUUUCUGGCUUCAUUAUUUCACUAUAAUCUGCUGUUUACCUGAUAAGUAAUAAAUAACCUCCAAACUUUA